AUACGUCACAUCCGGCGCGGCGACGGCGGCGUCUCCGCGCUGUGGGCCGGGCAGUAGUUAGUCUUGUGGGCGGUGGAAGUGGUCUAGCCCGGAGCAGUGAGGCCGGUGCGAGCCGGGAGGACCGGCAGGAUUAUGGAUGGUUCAUUCGUACAGCACAGCGUGAGGGUUCUGCAGGAACUCAACAAGCAGCGUGAGAAGGGCCAGUAUUGCGACGCCACGCUGGACGUGGGGGGCCUGGUGUUCAAGGCGCACUGGAGUGUCCUGGCGUGUUGCAGCCGUUUCUUCCAGAGAAUCUACGGGGAUGGCUCAGGGGGCAGCGUUGUCCUCCCUGCAGGUUUUGCUGAGAUUUUUGGCCUCCUGCUGGACUUUUUCUACACUGGCCACCUCGCCCUCACCUCAGGGAACAGGGAUCAGGUGCUCUUGGCAGCCAAAGAGUUGAGGGUGCCUGAGGCUGUGGAGCUAUGUCAGAGCUUCCAGCCCCAAACCUCAGCGGGACAGGCACAGAGUGGACCGGGCCAAGCUUCCUCCCAGGAUGUGAAAAGCCACCUCAAGGAGCCAACAGACUUGGAUGAGGAGGAAGUUUUCAGGACUCUGAGCCUGGCCUCUGUGGAUCAGGAGCCCAGAGACCGCGAGCAGCCUCAGCUCAGCACACCUGCCCAGAGCAGCCCGGCCUUCCUCUGUGGGAAACUCAAGCAGGUGUUGAAGCCUUCUCCCCCAGAGGACAAAGAGUCUGAGGACAGCAAAGAGCCCCCAAGGCCUUUCGAGGCUGAAGGUGCCCCACUGCAGGGCGAAAGCAAUGAGUGGGAAGUGGUAGUUCAAGUUGAGGACGACAGGGAUGGUGAUGGCGAUUAUGCAUCUGAGCCCGAGACUGUGCUGACCAGGAGGAAGUCAAAAGUGAUUAGAAAGCCAUGUGUGGCAGAGCCAGCCCUGGGUGCAGGCUCCCUCACAGCGGAGCCCACCGAGGGCAGAAAAGGUGCGGCAGUUCCGGUCGAAUGUCCCACAUGUCAUAAGAAGUUCCUCAGCAAAUACUACCUAAAAGUCCACAACAGGAAACACACUGGGGAGAAACCCUUCGAGUGUCCCAAAUGUGGGAAGUGUUACUUUCGCAAGGAGAACCUCUUGGAGCAUGAAGCCCGGAAUUGCAUGAACCGCUCAGAACAGGUCUUCACAUGCUCCGUAUGCCAGGAGACCUUCCGCCGGAGGAUGGAGCUGCGGGUGCACAUGGUGUCUCACACAGGGGAGAUGCCCUACAAGUGCUCCUCCUGCUCCCAGCAGUUCAUGCAGAAGAAGGACUUGCAGAGCCACAUGAUCAAGCUGCAUGGAGCCCCUAAACCCCACGCAUGCCCCACUUGUGCCAAGUGCUUCCUGUCUAGGACGGAGCUACAGCUGCACGAGGCUUUUAAGCAUCGUGGAGAAAAGCUCUUUGUGUGUGAGGAAUGUGGGCACCGGGCCUCAAGCCGCAAUGGGCUGCAGAUGCACAUCAAGGCCAAGCACAGGAAUGAAAGGCCGUAUGUCUGUGAGUUCUGCAGCCAUGCAUUCACCCAGAAGGCCAACCUCAACAUGCACCUGCGCACACACACAGGAGAGAAGCCCUUCCAGUGCCACCUCUGUGGGAAGACCUUCCGCACCCAAGCCAGCCUGGACAAGCACAACCGCACCCACACGGGUGAGAGGCCUUUCAGCUGUGAAUUCUGUGAGCAGCGCUUCACUGAGAAGGGCCCCCUUCUGAGGCAUGUGGCCAGCCGUCAUCAGGAGGGCAGACCUCACUUCUGCCAGAUCUGUGGCAAGACCUUCAAAGCAGUGGAACAGUUACGGGUGCACGUCAGACGACACAAAGGCGUGAGAAAGUUCGAGUGCACCGAAUGUGGCUACAAGUUCACUCGGCAGGCUCACCUGCGGAGGCACAUGGAGAUCCAUGAUAGAGUGGAGAACUACAACCCUCGGCAGCGCAAGCUCCGGAACCUCAUCAUCGACGAUGAGAAGAUGGUGGUGGUGGCUCUCCAGCCACCUGCAGACCUGGAGGUGGGCUCCGCAGAGGUCAUUGUGGAGUCCCUGACCCAGGGUGGCCUUGCCUCCCAACUCCCUAGCCAGAGACUGUGUUCAGAGGAGAGCUUUGCUAGCUCCGGGGUCCUGGAGCCGUCUCUCAUCAUCACGGCUGCUGUCCCCGAGGACUGUGACACGUAGCCUGUCCAGUGUCCCCUUGACCAAUAAACAUGUGACUUAG